UUCUGCGCGUGUGAGCAUCCCCAAGAGCCACAACCGAGAGGGCAUUUAGUGCAGUCGGAUGAUUUGCACUGUUUUAUUUCAUUAAACUUUUCGACAAACAAACUCGGUGAUCUUUUAAUUCAGCAAGAAAUUGUGUAAAAAUAAGUUUUUUUAAAAAAAAUCUUUUUUUUUGAGUUUCUCAAACGCUGGAUACGUACCUGACAUUGACAAAUCUUAACUGGCAAAACAAGUUUGACAACCUCAGGAACUUUUUACCCCCCUUCUCUCUCUCUCUCUCUCUCUGUAUGUGUGUGCAGCGGGACUUGUUCUGAAUCUCUCGGCUUCCCAAAGACGGAAAUCGCCAUUAUUUUUGCCAAUCAUCAGCGAUAACAUAGCUGGGAUUUUGUUGUUGUUUUUGUUUUGAGAGGGGGAGAGAGAGAGAGAGAAAGAGAGUGAGAAGGAAAAUGACGGAUGAUCGAAGUGUGUCAGACGUGGCCAGCCCAGGAGGGUCUGAGAGUGACUCGGUUGUGUCGCCAAGUUCCUCUUUUGCUGCUGAUGAAGACAAGUCCCAGCUUCAGCCCAGCAUCGAUGAAGGGAGUGGGAAACGAGAGAACGAGGACGAUAAGUUUCCCCUGUGUAUCAGAGAGGCUGUGAGUCAAGUCCUGGAGGGCUACGACUGGACAUUGGUGCCCAUGCCUGUCAGGGUCAACGGAUCCUCCAAGAACAAGCCCCAUGUGAAAAGACCUAUGAAUGCCUUUAUGGUCUGGGCACAGGCGGCACGGAGAAAGUUAGCAGACCAGUACCCACAUCUACACAAUGCGGAGCUCAGCAAAACUUUGGGCAAACUCUGGAGGUUACUGAAUGAGAACGACAAGCGACCGUUUGUGGAGGAGGCGGAGAGACUGCGCUCGCAGCACAAGAAGGACCAUCCCGACUACAAGUACCAGCCCCGGCGCCGGAAGAACAUGAAACCCGGCCAGGCUGACGCCGAGGCCCAUCCGGAGGACAGCCACAUCUCCACGGUGCAGCCCCACUACAAGGCCGUGCCUCAGGACCGUGGCCGUGGGGCAGGAAGCUCCCCGCUCUCGGAGGGGCACGGCGAGCACACAGGCCAGAACCACGGCCCUCCGACUCCCCCCACCACCCCCAAGACAGAGAUACAGCCUGGAAAAGCAGAGGGGAAACGGGAGGGGCGCCCACUAGUGGAAGGAGGGAAGCCGCACAUCGAUUUCGGCAACAUGGACAUUGGCGACCUCAGCCAUGACGUCAUGUCCAACAUGGAAACCUUUGAUGUCCAUGAGUUUGACCAGUACUUGCCCCCUAAUGGGCACCCAGGCCACGGGCAAACCUUAGGAGGUGGAACGUACGUUGGAAAUUAUGGGCUGGGGGGCACGCUGGCCGGAUCGGGUGGACAUUCUUCGUGGAUCGCCAAGCAACAUGGCGGGAGUUCAUCAUCCUCUGCCUCAGCGACUGGUCCAUCUGAGUCCAAAGCUCAGAUCAAGACGGAGCAAGCUCACCCAAGUCAUUACACUGACCAACAGCACUCCUCUGCUCAGAUCACCUACACCUCCCUCAGCCUUCCACACUAUGGGUCGGCAUUCCCAAGCAUCACCAGGUCCCAAUUCGACUACCCUGACCACCAACCUUCGGGAUCUUACUACAGCCCCUCUGGCCAGGCCUCCGGACUCUACACAGCCUUCUCCUACAUGGGAGCAUCUCAGCGCCCGCUCUACACGUCUAUCAGUGACCCAUCCUCCGUGCCUCAGUCUCGCAGCCCCACCCAUUGGGAGCAACCAGUCUACACAACACUCACUCGACCAUAGGAUCCCCACCCUCUCUUGCCAAGUUGAGGACCAAAUGGGACUUGGUUUUUUUUUUAAAACCAAAAGAAAUCACAAAAAACAAUCUACACGUACGGUUCUAAAGAUCGACCCUGUUAACGAGCGCCUCAAUUAUUCCCAUUGUCAGGGUCGAACUGAAGUUUCUCGCCUACCGGCUAAGACAGCGAGGGACAAAGCAAAAAAAAAGUCACGACAGACUGGUCCAAGCAGUUGAGCGAAGAUACUGGCACUAGACAAGAAACUCAAACUUAUCCCGCUGCCUCCUGCCUAUCUACGCAGCGAGGUUAUGCCCCCAUUACGAAGUGACGCAAAACAAUAAACAAAGCUUCUGGAAAAAGAAAACUCUCUGUAAAUCUCUCGUGCCUACAGCGCUGCCUUUAAUGCCGCAGAACCACAAGUACGCAGCCUCCAUCUCCCAACCCCGGGUGAAGCGACCGGAGACAUCAACCUUGUUGCUGGAACUGAAGUUUUCAAUCAGCCCAGCAAGACGUCACGUCCAAGUGGCAUUCGACUGAUUGAAGUCGUUUAAAAAAAAGAACUCUUUAAAAUACUGAUAUUAAAAUAAGCAGGACUCAAGCCCAAAAGCAAAGUGAGCCCUUGAUUGCCAACGUCCUGUACUUUGUCAAAUUGUUAAACCUGCUUUGCUUCAGUUGCAAGUAACAUUUCUUUUAUUUUGUUUUAAUCUGCUUAACUCUCGCAGGCUGUGGUUUGGUUUGACCAGGGCCAUCUUACUAGAGCAUUGCUAACAUUCUACGUGCGAGCCAGAUAUUUGUACAGAAAAAGUGCUGGGGGGGUUGGGGAGGGUGUGGGAGAGCAGGAGAGAAAGAAAGAUAGACUCGCAUUUCUGUAGGGUCUUUCAUGGACUCAGGACAGUUCUGAAGCGCUUCACAGCCAGUUAAGCACUUUUUUGAAGUGUGGUCACUGCUUUAAUGUAGGAAAGGGAGCAGGCAAUUUACGCACAGCAAGAUCCCACAAAACAGCAACAUGAUAAUGACCAGAUGAUUUUUUUUUUCUUUUAGUGCUGUUGAUUUGAAGGAUAAAUAUUGGCCCCAGCACACCAGGGGGAUCUCCCCUGACUUCGAACUAGUGGUGGUGGGAUCUUUUACAUCCAUCUGAGAGAGCAGACGGAACCCUGCAGUUAGACAUCUCAUCUGAAACACAGAAAUGUGUACAUAUUUUGUAAGGAAAUUGGAAGUUUUUUUUGGCUUUGGAAGAAUCCUUUUGCCCUCUCUCUCUGUUUCGUAUUUGUGCUGCGUCAAAUCCUGCCAGCUCCUGCCGUGGUAUAAAAUGAGAUUCGUCGUGGAGUCUGGAGGGAGAAGAUUCCUCCUGAUUCACUUCAUCGUGUUCUCACCAGCUAUUGUUAAAGUUAGCGAGGGAGGAGUUUUGACCCGUAUAUUUUAAUUAGGUGUAGGUGUACAAUAAGUAGCUUUUUGUGUCUAUUAGUUUCGCCUCAGUGAGGGUCCAUUGGUGGGGUUAUGGCCUUUUUACCUUCAAGCUGGCGGCCAAAUUAGGGGUUGCCAACCCUCCAGGAUUACCCUAGAGUCCCCGGGAACUGCAGGUUGACCUCCCAGAUAAAGCUUCCAGGAGCAAAGUCAGGUGACAAAAAACAAGCGGUUGUUUUGUUUAAUUAGUUGAGACCAGUAUUGGAGAUGGGACGGAGGGGGAAAUCAGGACUUGGGGGCAUUGGCAGGGAGGCAGUUUGACUGAUAGUCAAGAUUCAUCCAGCAGAGCCAAGAGACAGUCAAUUUGCUUUGCGAUUGGCUGUGAGAAGAUAGGAAUCUGUGAGGAUGGAUGUGUUGGACAACCAUUGGCAAGAGCACCCGGAGGAUCAUGUGAUAAAGCCUCCAGGAAUAUGUCCAACCAGUGUUGGCCAACUCUACAGCCUUGCAGUUUAGGCCUGAGUCUCUAGGCCUGGUGGUGAGGCUUGAGGCAGAGGGAGGUUUGCUGUGUUCGCCCAGCUACAAUCAUCUUUUCACAGCAGCAGUAACGGUUCUCAGGUCCUCUAAGUGGGAGGGGACGGUACAAACAAGAGCAGAAAAGUGAGUGGGAUCCUUAAAGAUCAUCAAAGUACUUAAUUUAUUCAACGACCUUUCACAUGUGUAUACGCUAACAUAGUGGUUACGUCACUGAAUCAGUAACCCAGAGCUUCAUAAUGCAGAGAACAUGAAUUCAAUUAUCACCAUGGCAGUUUUGAGAAUUUAAAAACAAUUAGCCGGGAUCAGUGAUAGUGACCGUGAAGUUAGUGACCUUUAGGGAAGGAAAUCUGCCUUCCUUACCCGGCCUGGCCUACAUGUGACUCCAGUCUGACACCAACACGGUUACCUCAUAACCACCCCCCUGAAAUACUUUAAAACUUAUUCUUUCAUGGGAUGUGGGUGUUGCUGGCAUUUGUUGCCCAUCCCUAACUGCCCUUGUGGCUCACCGCACCAUUUCAGAGGGGCAGUUAAGA